AUGGUCCUCAUUAAGCCCGCUCUCAUCGCCUCCGUGGCUAUUACGGCGGUCUCCGCCUUCACAUCGCCCAAGACGCUCGAUGUAAAUAACGCAGAGCCCCAAGACUCCGUCAAGGCUAUUGCCGGCAGUCUGGCUUUCGGUGCCAUGUCUUACUACAGCGGAAACGUCUCCAGCGAUCCCAAGAUGGUUGGCGACCUCCCGGAACCAUACUACUGGUGGCAAGCCGGCGCCCUCUGGGGCAUCAUGAUGGACUACUUCCACUACACAGGCGACGCAACCUACAACGCAGUCCUGACCCAAGCCCUGACCGCAAAAGUAAACACGGGGCCCAACUAUGACUUCAUGCCCCCCGAGCACGAACUCGAAGAAGGAAACGACGACCUCGGCUUCUGGGGCUUCGCCGUCAUGUCCGCCGCCGAGCGCAACUUCCCCGACCCCGAUCCUUCGACGGGGGCCCCCGCCUGGCUCCAAAUGGGCCGCAACAUCUUCAACUCCCUCGCGGGCCGCUGGAACAUGACGCACUGCGGCGGCGGGCUCCUCUGGCAAAUCUACGAGUCCAACCCCAACGGCCUCAACUACAAAAACAGCGUCAGCAACGGCGGCUUCUUCCAGCUCGGCGCCCGCCUCGCCGCCGCGACGAACGACUCCCGCUACGCAGACUGGGCCUCGUACGUCUGGGACUGGUCCGCCGCCGUCGGCUUCCUCGACGCCGACCUCAAAGUCUACGACGGCGCCGACUCGCGCGACAACUGCACAAAGACGAACUACGUCUCCUUCACCUACUCCACGGGCAUCUACCUCUACGGCGCGGCCGUCAUGGCCAACCACACGGGCGACGCCCUCUGGGCGGACCGCGCGACGAAGAUGCUCGCCACGGCGCGCAAGAGCUUCUUCUCCCUCAACGAGAACAGCACAAACAUCAUGUACGAGCCCGCGUGCGAGACGGUCGGCACCUGCAACACGGACAUGAAGACGUUCAAGGGCUACCUCUCGCGCUUCAUGUGGCAGUCCGCCGUCGUCAUGCCCGCCCUGCUGCCCGAGGUCAAGGAGAUCCUGAUCCCGAGCGCGCUCGCGGCGGCCAAAGUCUGCGAGGCCACGGCGGGCAACGUGACGUGCGGGCAAAAGUGGUACGUCGACGGCGACGACGGCAGCUACGGCCUGGGCCAGACCAUGAGCGCGCUCGAGAUUAUCCAGGGUCUCGUCGUUAGCCAGUAG